CUGAUUGGAGAGUGUAGGGCACGUGAUGUGAAGUCUUUAUUAGCGCCUUCGCCGGAGCUUUGCGUUCAGUCGGUUCCUUGUUGCAGGCCUCUUGUGUCCUCCAGAGCAAUAUCCUGACACGUGAAUCCCAGUCCACCGGGAAGAUAACCGACCGUCGACAUGGUGAAACUAGCUAAGGGUGCUAAAGUGCAGAAUAAACCUAAAAAAGCCGCUCCUCCACCACCAAAAGACGUGGAAGAUAGUGAUGAAGAGGAAGAUAUGGAAGAUGAUAGCAGUGAAGAGGAGGUAGAGGUCCCUGUUAAGAAAACCCCUGCUAAGAAGGCAGCCACACCUGCAAAAGCAACACCAGCUAAGAAAGCAGCUACACCAGCUAAGGCAACACCAGCUAAGAAAGGAGCAACGCCAGCAGGAGCAAAGAAUGGCAAACAGGCAAACAAGCAGGAAAGCGAGGAUGAGGAGGAUUCUGAUGAAGAAUCCGAAGAGGAACAAAAGCCAGUUGCCAAGAAACCGGUCCCCAAAAAGCCUGUAGCUAAAAAGGAAGAGUCAGAAGAUGAUGAUGAGGAAGACGACGAAGAUGAUGAAUCUGAGGAGGAAAAGCCAGUUGCAAAAAAGCUGCCCGCUGCAAAGCCUGUAGCAAAAAAGCCUGCAAAGGAAGAGUCUGAGGAUGAAGAAGACUCUGAGGAUGAAGAGAUGGAAGUGACUCCAGCUGUGGCAAAGGGAAAGAAAGCUACUCCUGCAAAGCAGCAAGAUGAUGACGAAGAGGAGGAUGACGAUGACGAAGAGGAUGAUGAUGAUGACGAUGAAGAGACUGUCGAAGAGUCUGGUAAACGUAAGAAAGAGGCUCCAAAGGCAGUUGUUCCAGAGAAGAAGCAGAAGACUGAAUCUACAGCAGAAGGUCUGUCUGUGUUUGUUGCAAACUUGAACUCUUCUAAGGACUUUGAUGAACUGAAAGAAGCUUUGAGGGAGUUCUUUUCCAAGAAGAAUUUAACUGUUCAGGAUGUCAGAAUCGGUGCUUCGAAGAAGUUUGGAUAUGUGGAGUUUGCAUCUGAAGAGGAGGUGGAGAAAGCUCUGAAGCUGAAUGGGAAGAAAGUUCUUGGCUUUGAAAUGAAACUGGAUAAAGCUAUGGCAUUUGACAAGAAUAAAAGUGCAGAAGCCAAGAAAGAGAGAGACUCGCGCACCCUGUUCGUUAAGAAUCUUCCUUACAGCUCAACUUCUGAGGACUUGCAAGAGUACUUUGAAAACGCCAAAGAGAUCAGAGUUCCCACAGGGAAAGAUGGGUCCAGCAAAGGCAUUGCAUAUGUAGAAUUUAAUAGUGAAUCGGAGGCGGAUCAAGCCCUUCAAGAGAAACAGGGUACAGAGAUUGAAGGUCGUGCCAUCUUCUUGGACUUUACAGGGGACAAAAGCCAGAACUCUGGGGGCAAGAGAGCUACCCCAACAGGAGAUUCGAAGACACUUGUUGUUAACAAUCUGUCAUACAACGCUACAGAAGAAAGCUUGCAAGAGGUGUUUGAGAAAGCGGUAUCUAUUAGGGUGCCACAAAACAACCAAGGGCGGCCUAAAGGUUUUGCCUUUGUAGAAUUCUCUUCUGUGGAGGAAGCUAAAGAGGCGAUGGAGUCCUUAAAUAACACAGAAAUUGAAGGCAGGAGUGUAAGAUUAGAGUUCAGCACUGGAGGUGGCCCACAAGGUGGAGGCAGAGGUGCUCCAACACAGUCAAAAACACUCUUUGUGAAAGGCCUUUCAGAAGACACCACAGAAGAAACCUUAAAAGAAGCAUUUGAUGGCUCAGUAAAUGCAAGGAUUGUAACUGAUAGAGAUACUGGUGCCUCCAAGGGGUUUGGUUUUGUUGACUUUUCAUCUGCUGAAGAUGCAAAGGCUGCUAAAGAGGCAAUGGAGGAUGGUGAAAUAGAUGGAAGCAAAGUAACACUGGACUUUGCAAAGCCCAAAGGAGAUGGUCAGCGUGGUGGUGGCUUUGGCGGACGAGGUGGCUUUGGCGGACGAGGUGGUGGCGGCAGAGGAGGCUUUGGUGGAAGAGGAGGUUUUGGCGGAAGAGGAGGUGGCCGUGGAGGAUUUGGUGGCGGCCGUGGAGGCGGAAGAGGUAGAGGAGGAUUUGGCGGUAGAGGAGGUGGAGGAUUCAGAGGUGGAAACCAACAGCAAGGAAAGAAGAUAAAAUUUGAUGACUGAACAACUUUCUCCCUCCCCUUAAAACCUCAAGCCAUCUCCCCUAACAGAAAGGACUCUUGAGGGCAAAAGGGGGUGCUGUUACCCCACCCCAUUCAGUCUAGCAUUGUCAGAGCCUUCUGUUUGGACAUUCCAAUGUGGAGAAGUACCUGUCCUGUUACCACCUGGAUACAGUCAUUUCAUAGAAGAUGUGUGACUGCUUGAAUACACCUAUACAGACUUUUUUUUUUAAAGUGUGUGAAGAGACCCUGUAUUGAAUUGUCAAAUUUCUGUUUUACCCACUGUACAAAUUGUUUCCAUAUUGAUCCUGUAGUAUUGCUGUAAAUGCAGAAUGUUUAAUGGUUUGUGCUUCAGCAGAUUGUCUCCAAAUUAAAGGACCUUGUCUGGUUACAUAUUUUAUUAGUA